AUGAGUUAUUUGUUCGAUAAAUAUCCAAAAGCCACUCAACAAUGCACAAAGAUGACUACAAUCACUGCGAAACGCCGUGGAAAGCCUUUCAAAUCUAUUUCAAGAAGUAAAACUCUCUUGAUUGAAUGUCAGUAG